AUUCAGUUCACGGAAAGGAUGCGAGAGAAGUAGAGUGGAGGCAAUCAGAGUGGUUUUCCCACGGAGUGUGCUACGGAGGAAUUUAACACCACAGUGGGAUUCAUGGUAUAGAGAGGUAAAGGAGGUCGGGCUUCUCCUGGUAUCCAGAGAAAGAAUUAUCUGGGCUCCAUCCAACCUUCUUCAGGCCGUCCUGUAUCAGGUGUUCAGAUUAUACUGAGCAGGAUCUGCACUUCCUAAACUGUGAAUGAGGAGGAGAAGUCAUGUCUCCAGACAAGAGCUGUUGCAGAGUUUGCAGCAGGGGCUUAUAUAGCUGCCACUGGAAGCAUGCAAGUAAAACUGAAAGAAAACGUGCAUGCUGUUGGUUCUCAGUUGUCAUUAUGGUCUGCCUGCUUUCCCUGUGCUGGAUGUAUUUCUGUCUGGUUACUUUUAAUGACCGAGAGGAUGUUAACUGGGAGGGCUUCAAAACACUGAAACGAUGGGUGAACUGGUUCAUGGUGCUGAUCAUCAUUUCUGCAGUGGUAACCAGCUACUGCGUUCUGCUGCUGCUCUUUGCACUCUUCCAAGUUGCCUUAGAAGAACCACUCAACUUACACUGGCUACACAAGAUCCUCCUAUUUUUUGGUGUGAUGUUCAUCACUUUAGGGGUCAUAGGAAUCUGUCUCAAGUGGAAAGAUGAAUUGCCAACUGUUCCUCUUUCACUCCAGGCCACAGCUCCUUUCUUGCAGUUUGGUGCUGUUGGGGCGUUGACCCUGCUGUGCUCGUUCGUCUUCCAGGGCUUCCACACUGCCAGGAAACAAUGGUCUAAGUUCCUGAUUGCAGUGAUAUUUGUAGUGGUGUCAGCAGCCAUCUUCCUGUGUCCCCUGAAGAUCGAGUCUCCUUGUCUGAUAGAGAAGCAUGAAUUACCUGAUAAACCAAAGCUUAUUGGUCACCGAGGCGCACCAAUGCUGGCCCCAGAGAACACCAUGAUGUCGUUCAACAGGAGCAUCGCGUGCGGCGUGACAGCCUUUGAGACAGACGUACAACUCAGUAAAGACAGAAUUCCCUUCUUGAUGCAUGACCAUAGUACUUCGUUCUUACGGAGAACAACAAACGUUAUUGAGAAGUUCCCUGGCAAAGACUUCAGCCACAGCUCCAACCUCACCUGGGAGGAAUUACAGAGUCUGAAUGCAGGUGAAUGGUUCCUAAAGACAGAUCCUUUCUCUUCAGUGUCCAAGCUCUCAGAAGAGGAGAUGGAAACAGCCAGGAAUCAGACUAUUCCCUCUUUAUUUCAGCUCCUCAACCUUGCCAAGCAGCACAACAUCUCAGUGAUAUUUGACCUAUAUAGUCCCAACCAGAAAGAUGACACAGAGGACACAGUCAACACCACCUUGAGUUCUGGCAUUGACCCAAGCCUGGUUCUCUGGCUUCCUCCAGCAGAAAGAAAAUAUGUAAAAAAGACUGCUCCAGGCUUCAUUCAGGUCUAUAACAACGCAAAUGAUAUGGAAGGGGGGAACCACCUAAAUGUGAAAUACAGCAACUUAAGUGUGAAAGAAAUCAGGGAACUUCGGAGCAGGAAUGUUACGGUGAACCUGUGGGUGGUUAAUGAGCGUUGGCUCUUUUCUCUGCUGUGGUGUGCAGGGGCCAGCUCUGUUACCACCAACUCCUGCCACCUCCUAAAAGACAUGCACCAUCCUGACUGGUUGAUGCCGCCUCUUACAUACAAAAUAAUAUGGAUUACAUUGGACAUUGUAUCUAUUCUGAUAAUGACUGGACUCUACAUCUUUCAGUGGAAAUCACACCGUUUCUGUCGCAGAGAAGGGACAGAGAGGCAAAGAAACGAUACUUUAGCCUGGACUGAGAAAGAAUUGUCUCCCUUCUUACCCACCGGGUAGCUCGCCCGACUCCGGCAGUAGAUUUUUCUGCCCCGAAAAUGACGUACAUUCUUGUCCGCAUUGCCAGAAUGGUUUGGACCUAAAUCAGGAAGAAAGCAAGCUAAUGUGAAUAACCACGGUAUUCCGAAGCCAUGAAAAUAAGAAUGUUGUUUCAGAGGUUAUACUGUAUGGUAACCAAAUAUUGGCACUAUGCCACUGGAUUGUGGUUUUACUUUUUUGUUUCUUUCUAAAUAUAGCUGGUUAACUGGGUUUUUGAUCAUUCUUCUGUUACUGAAAAUAUGAAACUUUUCUUUGAUAGUAUCACUGCAAUGUGCACUGUAGGUCUGCACUGGAUUUCCUCUUGGCACUUUAUUGUGUUUUUUUCUGAUGUUGCUUUUCUGCUUUUCUGUUAAAAAACUUUUUUUCAUGUUGUCACCACUGCAGGAGAGAUUUGUAUGUACUGUAACCUGAGCCAAAAGCAUUACAACUAUUUUCUACACUGUC